GGACAUCUGCAGCUUCUCUGGGCAAUGCAGAAGCUAUCCAACCCUAUGGAUCACAGCUCAAAGCUCUCAGCACAAUAUUUGGAAGCUGGUUUUGCUCUGGUACCGGUCACUUCCCAAAAUGCUACUGGUGUCUGCAUGGCUGUGCGGCCGGAGCUUUGGAUGGCAUAAAAAUAUCCGGACAAAACAUGCAGUUUUCCAGCAAUGUCUGGAUUUGAUUCUCUAGGGAACGAAUAAAUUGGGAUAUCAGCAGUGUAACUGUAGGUUAUUUGUAGUCAGUCAUCACAUUCCUGCUCUUGAAAAGUCAUCAGAGAACUCUCAGUCCGUUGCGUAUAAUUAACGCUCAAUAAAUAAAAUAAACCCAUUUCUGUGCUGGACUGUGCCUGUCUGGAGCCUUCCACCCUGUGGUUAAAUCCACAGUUCCCUUUUUCAAGGCGUGCUUAUCUCUCUUGUCCUCUGCCAUCUCUUCUGAGGUGCCAGCCCCGUUGGUACUUGAAAGGCAGCAGUUAUGAAAGAAACCCGCAGGGAGAGCACCCAGAGGACGGGGAACAAACAGACCCAACUCUUCACAGGACUUUGAGAUCCCCAGCUCUUGUGACACGGUGACAGGGCACGUGUGCUGAUUCCUGGCUGUGCCCAUCCCAGAGCUGAUGGCCAGUGGGAUGCCAGUUUUCCUGCUCCUCCUUUGGACAGCAAACACGCCUCAGGGUGCAGGAGUUCAGGUUUUGCCACCUGUUAACUUCACCCUCAGUGUCUCUGCAUUAGCACAAGUGCUGUUACACUGGGAACCAAACCCUGCUCAGGAGCAAAACAACUCCACCAUCAGAUACGAUGUGAAAAUCCUGAGCCCUGUGCCAGAAGAGUAUGACACCAAGAGGACUCACAGUGUCCGAACAGCGGCGCUUCACAACGGCUUCUCGGCUCGCGUGCGGACCUUGCUCCUCCAGGAGAACCUUCAGCUGAGCAGUGACUGGGUGGAGAGAAACCUCCCACCUCUGCCAGGUGCUGCAGAGACCUCUGUCACCAACCUGUCCUGUGUCACUCGUGUCACCAUCCCUGGCAAUGUCUCUCUCCGUUGCACUUGGCUCCCUGGCCAAGGGGCACCAGAAGACACCAAAUACUUUCUGUUUUACAGGUAUGAGACACACACUGAGGAAUGUCCUGCUUACACCAAAGACAAGUGGAACAGGAAUGCUGAAUGCAGCUUUUCAAGUACUCAGAUUAAACCUGGCGAGAUCGACAGCCUCAUUGUCAUUCACAUUAAUGGCUCCAGCAAACGUGCUGCAAUCAAGCCUUUUCAACAGUUAUUUAACCAAAAUGCCAUUGAGAAAGUGAAUAUUCCCAGAAAUAUCAGCAUAUCCCUGGAGCAAAAUGAUCUCCUGGCCAUGUGGGAGAAGCCAAUUUCUCCUUUCCAUGAGGAAUGUUUUGAAUAUGAAUUUUAUCUCAUCAACCUGAAGUCAGGUAACAAGCAGAUCCUGAAAAUCUCCUCGAACAGAUUCCGAGUAGGGAUCGAUGGCAGCAGCAGGUAUUCCAUAAGGAUCAGGGCCAACCACAACCACAUCUGUCGUGCCCAAGGAUUCUGGAGUGACUGGAGUGAAAUAAUUUAUGUUGGGCAAAAUAAAUUGGAGAAUUCCAUAGUCUGGAUUUUCACUCUGCUUUGUGUUUCCACGUCCUGCACAUUGCUGUUUGUUGCUAUAAUAUGCAAAAUGAGCCACCUUUGGAGGAAACUGUUCCCACCAAUCCCAACGCCCAGCAACAAAUUCCGAGACCUUUUCCCAAUUGACUACGAGAGAGCACGGACCUGCACCAGCUCCAUGGAGACCGAGGUGGGCAGCCUGGCUGAAGGCUUCUCCUGCAGUGUCCUCGAUGACUCCGUGUUCUGAGAGGCUCCACAGUGUCACCCACCAGCGCUGGAGAGGGCUCUGUGUCACCUCUCUGUGGCCUUGCUCCCAGUGGGGAGGAGAAUUUGCCUUCACCAGGUGCCUUGUUCAAGCAGGAUUUAAGUUCAUGGCACAAAGACUGUGUCAGGGGGAAAAAAGCUUGGAAAAGAGCAAAGGGAUUCAUUUUUUUCUGGUUGGCAGCUUAAUCUUUUGGAUGUUUGUUUUACCUUUACAACUGGAGAUGCAAACUGGGUUUGGCAUGGCCCUGUGGAUGCAGCAAGGUGGUCAAACACUGGGAAAAGAAGAAAAAAAUUGUGAAAUACCCAGUGCUGUCACCCCCAGCGCUGCACAGCAAGGCCACCAUGACAGCAGGGACGCUCACCUGGCCUUUGCUGAUACGCUUUGUAAUGAAACUGUGGAUUUCCACCUGAAAAACAUGCAUGGAAAUGAAAUUCCUGGAUCAAGUUGAGUGUGCCAGACCACCCUGUGUGGGGACUGUGCACAGCCAGCAUCCUCUGCACUGCUGAAAGGCACCUCACCUUGCUCUGGCAGUGACACAGCUCCGUUUUGGGAUGGAGGGGAACACCUGGGAUCAGCUCAGCUGGCCAGAGCGUGGUGCUGAUCACACCAAGGGUGUGCUUCAAUCCCUGUAGGGACCACUGGACUCAAUCCUUGUGGGUCCUGUCCAACUCAGAAUACUCUGUGGUUCUCUGAUCUGUCUCAGGACUUUAUAAAACACCAACAACUUCUGGAUGUUGUAGGUUAUUUAAAACAAACUUUGCUUGUGCUGCUCCUAUAAGCAAAGCUACACUGUGCCUGCUCCUUCUGUACACUCAGGUAUCACAUUUCAGUGUAAAGCAGAACUUCACCUGUGAUUCUUCCACACCUGAGAGAGGGAAUCCUGCUGGGAUGGGUGGGAUCCCCUGCUCCACAGGACCUCAGCACUGGGCAGGCACAGGGCACUCACACAUGGCUCCUUUCCCAUCCAAGGCUCUUUUUCAGGCUCUGACAUCGGCUGGCAGCAUCUGCAGGAGUUCAACAAGGGAUUGUUUGUGCUUCCUGCCAUGAGAAAUUAAAGGUUCAGUGGGGAAGAAAGGAAAAAAAAGAGAAAAAUGGCAUAAACAGAUAAACUUCCUCAAUUGCACCGACAAAACAAAGCAGCCUGGGAACAGGGAGUUUGCAAAUGUGAAGUCAUUAAAGAAAUGUGCCAAGGACUGCCUGGUGCUCUCAAGAGUCUGAGCUGCAACGAGCUGGGCUCCUCCUGGGUGUGCAACUCCAGUAAUUCUGAAAAUCCAAGCCCAGUACUGCAGCCUGGUUUUCUUUGCUCUGUGUUGUUCCAUCUUAGAUGGCCUGGGUUUG